AUGACUACACGUUUUCGCACUCCUCUGACUAAUGCGUUGCCAAUCCCUCAACCAACUUCGAGAAGCAAUGGCAAACCUAAACUCUCCUACUAUACCGGUCCUCGUUCACGAGAUCUUGACAAUUCUUUUCAAUCGCACUCCGACUCAGUUUCACGAUCUCGCUACGAAACACUGUUGUCUGAUGGAGCCGGGACAUCCGCAGCAGCGUUUGCGGGCAACAGACACAAUAGUAAUAUGGUAACUUCAACGGAUUCUCAGGUAAUAAGAUGUGAAGAACUGUCUCCUACAAUGCAGAAUAUUGUGAACGAGUUUUUCAGGCAACAAAAACGCAAGUCUCUUGCAAAGUUACGAAGAAAUAGCAUGGGUAAAAAGCGACAGGGAUCACCUAAUGUUCUUGGGCAGUUCUCUUUUCAAUCAGAUUGUGACCCCGCAUAUGGACUAUUACAGACAGGAACUGUAACCGGGCCAUAUUCUGAUCAACUAAUGCAAGUGACGGCAUAUGGUCAACCAUCGAAUAAUUACAACAGGGCUGAAAUGAUAAUAGAAAAUACAGGUCAAAACACAUCUUCAAGGACUGUGGCGAUGACGACGAACACUGGCCAGUAUACAUACUCACAUACCGAAGUUAUGCUAAGAAACGUGAGUCAAAAUGCAUCUAAUAGCAAUGAAGCGAUGAUAACGAACGCUGGCAAAAAUGCAUCUUCACAUAUUGAAGCCGUCAUAAGAAACACAAGUCAAAAUUCGUCUUCCAGCACUGAGGCAAUGGCGAUAGACACACACCAAUCCGUGCCGAGUUCUGAGAGUUGUGCGCAGCGUUUACCAGAAUUAGGAAAUGCAAUGUCUGAGAAUACUCCGACACGAUUUGCGAGUCAAUCGCUUAGCGAACGUCUGCUUAUUAAACAAGAAGAUUUCGAUGGCUCCGUAAUACACUACGGAGUCAAUUCUGAUGAUGCCUGCGCUUUCUCGAAAGCAUCGGCGAGGACUGAAGAGAAUAAUGGACUUUACGCUGAGAUCGAUCCUGAUCAGUCAUUCCGGUUGUUGACAGCGCUAAAACUUUCCAAGAGAGGUAUUGAAAGAGCGCAAGGCAAAUUGCCGCAAAAAUAUAGGGACAGGUUGAGUAAAGUAAGAAAGUCGAAAAUUGUCAGACCCCUUACAGUUGAGGUGAGACAUUUAGCUGUUUGA